GCGCGUUGCCUUCACAACCAAGAUGGCUGCCGGCGAGGAGCGAAGGGCAGGCGCGGGAUCACCGUCUGCGGCCGUCACCGAUAAUGAAUGAAAGUUGCUGCCGUGGGCCUUUAUAUAGUUGGCCGUAGUCUGGCGAAGGGCGCGGGGGUCGGUGUCCCCUGGAGCGGUGAUUAGUCAUGAUGGAAGACAAAUGUCCACGCGUUGCUGACUAUUUUGUGGUGGCAGGAAUGACAAGUGCAUCAAAGCCACUUGAAGAGGAAAUACAUUUCAAUGACAACUGCCAUAAAGUAGCUAAACCAAAAACACCAAUUACAGAUGUGGCCAUCAUUGUGAAAUCACUGGGAGAAGAAGUUCCCCAAGGGUAUACUUGCGUGGAAACUACUCAAACUGGAUUAUCAGCUGAUCUCAAUAAUGGAAGCUUGAUGGCUCCUCAGAUUUUUCUCUGCUACAAGAGAGGUAGAGAUAAACCACCACUGACUGAUCUAGGCAUUCUGUACGAAUGGAAAGAGAGACUGAAGCACGGAUGCCAAAUCAUUCAAACCACACCUUAUGGCCGACCUGCUAACAUCAGUGGUGGCACCUCAUCUCAGCGAAUCUACAUAACAUAUCGGCGGGCACCAGAAAACUUUGCCCAGAAUUCCCUGUCUGUUACUGAUAUCUGUAUAAUUAUUCCAAGUAAGGGCGAGACCCCACCACACACUUUCUGCAGAGUGGACAAAAACGUCAACAGCAGCAUGUGGGGAUCCGCUGUAUAUCUCUGCUACAAGAAGUCUUUGGCCAAGACCAACACUAUAUCUUAUAAAGCUGGUUUGAUAUGUAGAUAUCCAGAAGAAGAUUAUGAAUCCUUUCCUUUGCCUGCAUCAGUACCUCUCUUUUGCCUGCCGAUGGGGGCAACCAUUGAAUGUUGGCCUUGUAACACCAAGUAUCCGCUCCCUGUUUUCUCUACUUUUGUGCUUACGGCAGCUUCUGCAGAGAAGGUUUAUGGUGCAGCCAUUCAAUUCUAUGAGCCUCUUCCUCAAGAGAACUUAACAGAUAAGCAGCGAUCACAAUUGGGGCUGGUCAGUGCAGCUGACCGAAAACCUAUUCUCUCAAAGACUGUUCACACUAGCAAAUGUAUUUGCCUUCUAUCACAUUGGCCAUUUUUUGAAGCUUUUCGAAAAUUUCUCACAUUUUUAUACCGCUAUUCAAUCUCUGGACCUCAUGCACUACCUAUUGAAAAACAUAUCUGCCACUUUAUGCACAAAGUUCCAUUUCCUUCUCCUCAAAGACCGAGGAUUCUUGUGCAGCUAUCGCCUCAUGACCACUUAAUGCUUUGCCAACCUGUUUCCUCACCACUUCCAUUAAGCGGUGGUAGUUUCACCACUUUGCUGCAGAACCUGGGCCCUGAGAAGGCAAUAACUCUGCUGCUGUAUGCAGUGACUGAACACAAAAUUCUUAUUCACUCCCUUCGCCCAGCUGUGCUGACCAGUGUGGCUGAAGCACUUGUUUCUAUGAUUUUUCCAUUCCAUUGGCCGUGUCCAUAUAUUCCUCUGUGCCCUUUGGCUCUGGCAGAUGUCCUUAGUGCCCCUUGCCCCUUCAUUGUAGGGGUUGACUCCCGCUACUUUGAUCUGUAUGAUCCUCCAAGUGAUGUAAGCUGCGUGGACCUAGACACUAACACCAUCUCUCAAACUGAUGACAGGAAAAGCCUUACAUGGAAAGUACUUCCAAAGAAAGCCUGUAAAAAUCUGAUCAACUCUUUAAACAACAUUUAUGAACAGCUGGCUGAGAUGCAUCAAAGACCAAGAGAGGAAGCUUUAAUGGAAUUAACAAUGAAUGAUCAUGAUUUAAACUCUGGUAAAAAGAUGCAGGUGUUCGAACUGGAAAUACAAGAAGCUUUUCUUCGCUUCAUGGCUUCCAUUUUGAAGGGUUACAGAACAUACCUCCGACCUAUCACAGAGGCUCCUUCUGAGAAAACAACAGACGCUAGCUCGCUGUUUGAUCUUCAAGGUUUUCUGAGAAGCAGAGAUCGAUCUCACCAAAAGUUUUACUCAUUGAUGACAAAAACACAGAUGUUUAUUCGGUUCAUCGAAGAAUGCUCCUUCGUGAGUGACAAGGAUGCAAGUUUGGCUUUCUUUGAUGAUUGUGUGGACAAAUUGGAUGCAGAGCGCAUAGAGGACUUGCACCUCAUAGAAUUGGACGAAUCUCACAAAAGUGAGCACACGGUUUUCAUCACGCCACCGGAGCUUCCAAGCCUUCCUAAUGAAGAAGAGUAUCCUCUUCAGUACAGCUACAUUGGUUUUCCCGUGCUAUCACCACAGCUGUUUGACAGACCAGUGAGUUUAUUAAAGACACCAGCCAGCAGGUUAACUUCAAAAAAUAGUUGUCCCAACAGUCCAGCACCAAUGGGUAGACGAACCAAGCAGGAGAUAAAGUCAGCUCAAAAAAUGGCAAAACGUUAUUCAUCAAUUCCUCAAAUGUGGUCGAAGUGCCUUCUCCAUCACUGCUAUGGUCUCUGGUUUAUGUGCCUUCCUGCUUACGUGAAGGUCUGCCACUCGAAGGUCAGGGCCCUUCGGACGGCUUACGAUGUACUGAGAAAGAUGCAGCUCAAGAAGUUGGAUCCACCCGAUGAGGUCUGUUACCGUGUCCUGAUGCAAUUAUGCGGCCAGUAUGGACAGCCAGUAUUAGCUGUCAGAGUCCUGUUUGAGAUGAAGAAAGCUGGUGUUCACCCGAAUGCUAUUACAUAUGGUUACUAUAAUAAGGCAGUUUUAGAAAGUACUUGGCCAUCGAGCAACAGAGGUGGAUACUUUCUAUGGAUGAAGCUAAGGAAUGUUGUACUUGGAACAGCUCAGUUCCGCAGAGUUUUGAAAAAGACUCCAACAAACCCGCUACAGGCGCAGGUGCUGUCGGCAGAUGGCAGUGAUCUGGAUGCUGUUAGCCAUGACAGCAUGGAUAGCUCUAAUGAAACUAACACUGUGGAGCAGCCCCGGUUCAGCUCGGAGCAAAUGAAAGUAGAUUCCACUGAUGAUAGAUCUAGUACAGGUGGACAGUCAGAUCUAGGAUACAACUCAUUAUCGAAGGAUGAAGUGAGACGGAGUGAAGUGCCUUCAGCCCUUGGCUCAGAGCAGUCUGCUGUGUGUCAGCCAGUGGACAAGGAUGACAAGAAAGAGAGCGACUCCAGUUCAUUAUCUGAAUGUGAAAGUGCAAAGGGCAGUGGAGAUUGUCUGCCGCAUUUGGAAUUUCAAGGAAGCAGUAGCAAAUUGAAAUCAGUUUCCAGCAUUGUGAAGAUGAAUUGCAACUUGGAGACUGCUCAGCCAAACCCUAACACCGAGGAAAACAAUGGUAAUGUAGCAGACAUGCUAUUUACCAGCUCCUUCGAUAAAGCCACUUAUCCUGAACCUGGACUAGUGCAGAGCAACAGUUUACGCAAGCGGCACAAAAGUGCCGUGGAGCCUGGCCUACAGGAACAAAUGAUGUGGGGAGGAAGAAACCGUAACCUCAGUGGCGACAUUUACGCAGGGCUGAUGGUGCACAGAGGGAGAGUGGCCAGUGACCCCCGGGAAAUGGCAGAGAAACUGGGCGCUGACGCCAAAAUCCUAUCAACCGCUUUACAAUUGGCUACAAGGCCAAACACGUUACAGAUUGGCAAACAUGAGCAUGUGCUCGAACAGGGAAGCUUAAGCCAAGAGAAAGAACUGAGUGAUGAAGAUACCCCGUUCGAAUCAGAUGAAACAUCAGUUAAUACAGAGGAUAAAACAGACUCUCCUGCCAUCUUUGAUUUGGAAGAUUUGGACAGUGAGCCUGAUAAUGCAAAGUCUGAUGGAAAACCACACCAGGACCUGAGGCAGCUGCCUAAGGAGUUGCAGAGGAGUCAAAGUGCAGCAGCAGGGGUCAAGCUGGCAGAAAGAAAGGGAGUUCAAAGAGGCUACGACCCCCUUUCUCUACUGGCUGCAGAAACUGAUCAAGGGAAGGAGGACGAUGAAGAUGAAGACUAUGACAAAUGUGUCUUCACUCCUUCAGCCCGUCGGAACUUGGCUGAAGAAAUAGAGAUGUACAUGGACUCCAUGAACAGCCCCUUGUCUAGCCGCACACCUAGUCUGGAUUUCUCAAAACCAGAGGAAGAGAGCAGCGCAUCAGUUAACAUCAGAGCACUGCCUGCCAUGAAAGGAUCGAGGCGAUGUAGCCUCCCAUCGAGCUCGCCCAAAUCAGCGGGGCUCUCUCGCUCCAGAACGUUUCAACCACAAACAAAUGCCCGGCGAAGAGACAGACUUUGGUCCUCCCCGUCGUAUUCUCCAAGCAGCACCAGGAGAGUAGGGGCUCAGGAGACUGGUAGAGCCCUGACCCUCAUGUCACCACCUCCUUUUAAAUUAGACUCUUUAUUGCCACCCACCUUUGAUGUGCUAAAACACAGCAUGUUCUCAGCAGGGAAAGGAGUGGCAGAAAAGGCAAGCAAGUGGUACACCAAGUUAGCAACAUACACUGUACCUAUCAAAGAAAACGGCAAGAGAUAUUAUAUAGAGGGAAACAGCACCGCCUCACCUGGUGUGCAGGAUCCUGAAGUAUCAUCUUUAGAUGAUGAGGCAUAUGAAGAUUCAGACAGAUUACCUUACUCCCAAGCUGGGAGCAUACCUACAGGGGAGACCAGAGGAUGGAGUGUGAGACAGCCUAAUGUGGACAGCUCUGGGACUCAUGAGGAGACACCUAGACAACAAUUACAAGUUGGCAGUGCUCAGUCAACUGGAUCCAACUUCCCUUUGCCAGACAAGUCAGAUGUUGGAUCUUCCCGAUACACAAGCAGCACCAGCAUCUUCCAGAACUACGCCUUGGAGAUAUUGAUCUCCAGCUGUUCUCGGUGUCGAACCUGUGACUCGUUGGUGUAUGAUGAAGAAAUCAUGGCUGGCUGGACAGCAGACGACUCCAACUUGAACACAACAUGUCCGUUCUGUGGCAACUUGUUCCUUCCUUUCUUGGGGAUUGAAAUCAAAGAUCUGCGAGGGCCUGGCAGGUAUUUUCUGAAAUCCAGUGCAUCUGCAGAAAGUAUACAGAAUUUGCAGUCUGUACAAUCUUGCCGAGGGAUUAAGAACUUUACAGUCUCUCCGUCUAGUCUGGGUGUGAGCGAUGUCAACAAGCCUCACUCUCCAAGAAUUACGGUGCAGGAAGUUCCGGACAUGCAAUGUGAUGUGCAGCUGCCUUCAGCAAGAUGCAUUCAGAUUCCUUCUGAUCGAUGGCAUGGGAUCAGCGAGUCCUUCCCCUUGGAGCAGCCGACAGCCAGAAGCGUCAGUGGGUGUGGCUGUGUGCCCGCCGAGUCUGACACACGGCGACACAUCCCCACAGUUCCAACAGGCAGCCUGCCCACUCACUUGAGUCACUCAGCGGAUCCAUUGGGCUUAGAGUGGCCACUGAGCCAUCCUGAACCCAUAACAGUGCCGUACCUGAGCCCCUUGGUAUUGUGGAAGGAACUGGAGAGUUUGCUUGAGAAUGAAGGGGAUCAAGUGAUAUCCAUGGCAACAUUUGUGGAUCAGCAUCCCAUAGUAUUCUGGAACUUGGUGUGGUAUUUCCGUCGCAUUGAUCUGCCCACCAACUUGCCUGGACUUGUACUCACUUCAGAACACUGCAACAAAGGUGUGACGGUCCCUCGAAGCUGGAUGUCAGAAGACAGCAAACAUGUCCUCAUUCAAAUGCUGUGGGACAAUCUGAAACUGCAUCAGGAUCACAGCCAGCCUUUCUACAUCCUUUGGAAUGCUAAAACUAAAAAACUUCCUCUUGUUCACACUGUACGGGACAAAAGCCAUGUAUUUAACAAGGAUUUUCUGGAUGACAUCGUUAAGAGCAUCCAGAUGAACAACAUCUAUAAACCAAUGAGCAAGAUUCUGGAUGUGUUGAGCACACAGCCAAAUCUGAAACGGCAAAGGAGUCUAUACAGGGAAAUUCUGUUCCUGUCGCUUGUGGCUCUUGGGAAGGACAACAUCGAUAUAGAUGCAUUUGACCGAGAGUAUAAGAUGGCGUAUGAUCAGCUGUCUCCCAGCCAGGUGAAGCUGACCCAUAACUGUGACCGACCUCCCAGCUCUGGCGUCACGGAGUGUCGCAGGAUCUUUGGCGAACCCUACCUCUAGGAGUCCUGCUGAAUUUGUCCUAAAUUCAGUCUCACAUCAGUCCGUCUGCACCCAGCACAUUGCCCAUAGGGCAGUGAAGAGAGUCUAAGUUUAACAUUGCUAAAUUAUGAUGGUUUCUUUGUAAUUUUAAGACUAGAAUUGUACAGGGAAUAAGGUCAAAUAGAAAGCUUUGUAAAUAUAAUUAAAGGUACUUUAAAUAGCUUUAUAUUAUAGUGCUAUUGGUCACGUUAACAAAAAAAAGAUUGCAUUGAUGCUGGAGGGCUCAGCUCUCAAAAGUAAACUGCUACCAUGUACAUAAUAGUUCUGGCUCCUUCUGCAUCUCAUCAAGUCUGUUAUCCAUAUGUUUUUUUUAGCAAUUCUUUUGGUCUGAAUUGUAAAAAUGUUCAUAAAAGACAAAUGUGCGGCAGAGGCACUUUGUGGAAAAGUGACAUGUCUUCACAUUAAAACAAAAAGUACUUUUCAGUAUUUGUAUAUUUAAAUAACAAGGUCUUUUGAUGCUAUCAAUCUUUAUAUACACUUAUAUGACGUAGCUUUAAAAUAUGCUUGAUUAUAUAUUAUAUAAUGUGGUGCAAUAUGUUCCUUUUAGAAUUUGCUUUGCAGUUUUUGAGGUACUGGUCAUCUAAGAAAAAUCACAUUCAGCCUUCUGAAUUCCAGUCUGGAAAGGAACAGAUGAGGCAACAGUGCGAGAAGGGCUUUGAGGUUCUUUUACUGACGGGUUGAAGUAACUUGGUGUCUGAGCUGUUACUGAAGGAUCAGAGCAACUUGCUGUCUGUCUAAACAAUAUUUGUUGGGAUUUUGAGAUCAAAGCUAACAUGCAACCUCUCUUUUUAUGUUGAAAGUCAGUUUCCGAUGGGAAAAUUACUGUAUUUAUUAGCUUAUUAAAUAACACUUUUUAAUUAUUAUUAUUAUUGGAUUUGUGAAUAUGAAGAUCCACAAAAUAUUGAUGUUUAAUAGAAUAUUUUUAUGCUGCAA